GCCCUAGGGCUUUCUCUGCGUUUUCAAGUAGAAAUUCAACUUUCACAAAUGUUGCAGUCCUUCAACAACGCAGUACACACUACAACACACUUAUGCUAUGAGCGUCCUUAUCUACGGAAUAAAAUAUUGUUUCCAUGACCAAAUGAAGACGAAGAUGUCAUAAACCAUUUUCCAUACUAUCCGCAGACCUCUGGCAUGAUUGGACACAUUAUUCUAGUCUGUAUAAGCGAGUGGUUACUAUGGUCAAGGUGAUCAAUCUGGCGCGGACGUAUUAUGACGACGGAUUUAUUGCCGCAGUAUUAUGUGUAUUGUUGUCGGUUGUCAUCGUCCUCGGUGUGCGCGCCGAUGACGGGGACCAUGAGGUGGAUGCGUCCGGAUGUUUGAAACCCAAUUCGGAUCGCUGCCGACUGGAUUGUACGGCAGAUUCCUAUGAUUUCAUCUGCGUGGACGAUGCCGCCGGCAACUGGUCCGUCCUGCGCUCUGAUCUGGACGCGAUCGGCGGCCUCAAGCACCAAGUUAAUGUCUACUUCUGGAAUCUCCAGGCCACCAGUUUUCAGGUGGAAUCGGAUAUCUUCGGCCAGGCCGAACCACUACUGGCCCGUCUCAGCCUGAUGAACCUGCCGGGUCUGACGAAAUUCCCCAUGCUCCGCGAAGCCACCAACCUGGUGGCCAUCACCAUCCUGCAAGCGGACAACCUCCUGGAUUUCUCCACGGAACUGCUGCCGCGGUCCAUCCGCAACAUCUCCCUUUUUCAAACCGGCAUAACGCGGCUGGAGAACGACUUCAUCGAAGUACCCAGUCUGCCCAAUGUCCAGCAGUUCGUCAUCAGCAACGGCAACAUCUCCUUCAUCGAGUCCAACUUCUUCAAAGUCUUCAGUCAAGUAUCAGAAAUCGUCCUGGACCGCAAUGCCUUCAACUUGACGGACAAGGCCAUUGCCGAUGGCAUGUUCACCACGCUGAACUCGCUGCAGAAAUUCGCCCUGCGUAAUAAUAACUUCACCAUUAUGAAACCGGAGGACCGGGUGCUGUUCUUCCAGAUGACGAUGCGCUCGUUAAACGUCAGUAAGGAUACCGUGGUGGAUUUGAGUAAUAAUCGGCUGGAGGUGGAGCAGGAGACGCUGGACUGUAUUCGGGCGUUGAAGGAUGUCAAGGAGUUGAGUCUGCGCGGGAAUCCCUUCCGCAAUUCCAUGUCCAUUACGAAUUUGUUUCUGGAUUUUAAGAAUCUGCGUUCGCUGGAUCUCAGCGACACGAACCUGCCAAUCUCCAACGGGACGUUCGCCAGUUUGUAUCUGCUGGAUGAACUUCGCUUGGGCUAUAAUGGAUUCGGUGACAUGACCGCCGUGGAUAUGUUCAAAGGGUCCAAAUCAACAAUGUUGCGCGUCCUGGACUUAUCGUACAACUCCUUGACAGCGCUACCCGAUGGAGAUAUUCAAUCUGUUGGAAGUUACCUGGAAGAGCUGGAUUUAAUGGGCAACAACCUUCUUCCCUUUGAAUUCCCACAAUACGCCGAUCUGGUUAACGAAACCGACCCGGUGCCGACCUUUGCCAGUUUCCUGGAGAUCCGCUUCCUCGAUUUGAGCUGGAACAACUGGACCGCCAUGGACGGUCGUUUGUUGACGCCGCUGCGCAACCUACAGACCGUGGACCUCAGUUGUAACUGGUUCCAGCACAUAACCCGCGAUUUCUUCUCCAAUAUGCCCCGCAGUUUGAAGACCAUCAACAUGACCUUUUGUCUGAGUACCUUUAGUCCGCCGCCGCAGAUCGACCCUGAUGCGUUCAGUACCUUACCUCCCAUUCAGACGUUUAUCCUCGCCCGCGGCAGUCUCCGUAACUGGAUUUUUGACCGACUAAUGCAGCUAUCCAACGAGACCAUGCAGGCACUGCAACAUGUCCUGUUGCAGGACAACAACAUCCGCUUCCUUGACGGGGACAAGUUCGCCGCGUUCGCCAACUGGAAGACGUUGAAUCUCCGCGGGAAUACACUGCAGUCGCUGGGCGCGUCCAGUCUGAAGAAACUCACAUCUUUAAGAACGCUGAUUCUCUCGCAAAACCAGUUGAUCAGCAUCGAUGUCAACGAUAUGGUGGGAUUGGACAAUCUCGAGCAGUUGGAUCUGCACGGCAAUAAAAUCUCGAAUAUCGACAGCGGAUCCUUCGAUAUGCUGCCCAGACUGCGCAGCCUGUAUCUGGGCCAGAAUAAUCUCUCCAAUCUGGAUACACUGUUUGUUACCGGUGGCGAUCAAUUAUUGCAUUUCGGCUUCCAGCGCAAUGCCAUUGGCUGUAUCCGCCGUCAAGAUUUGCAGCCUUUGAAGAAGCUACGCUGGAUUUACAUGGGCGAUCCGACGACUCCAGUGUUUGUGGAUCGUAACGACGACAGCGAAACCGGAUCGUUGCAGAGUAAGAUCUACAAGGAGCCCUUCGCAUCCGGCGAUGAUCUGGAUUGUGAUCCUAACUACGAUUCCCCGCUGUUGAAGUCCGGGGCGGGUAUCGAUCCGGAUACACUGUUUCAGACGGAUUUUAUCCGGUUAUCGCGCAAGAACCCAUGGGAUUUGACGCCGAGGAAUUUCAUCUCCCAUGUGGCCAAGUGCUACAUCUCGCAGUUGGAUCGGAAUCUGACGAAUAUCACGGAGAAUUUCUUCUGCGCGAUGAGUGACUCGAAGACGGCGGGAAGUGGUGGUUUAGCUGCCAGCAGUGGGGUGGUACUUGGAACGGUAUUGAUGUGGCUCAUUUUUGAGAAGUUGUCUUACGGUAGGAGGUUGGUGUGACCUUUUAGCAGAAGCAUGUUUUACCGGUGAUUGUAAUUUGAUUUUACUACAUUUUAUUGAUACGAUGCUCAGUCAGUCUGGGAACUGUGUUGAGUUGAUUGAUGUGAUGACAUUAUCGUUGUCCUCUCUGUUACAUUAUUGCCGGAAAAGAAUUAUUGUCAUGCCGUGUGUUGCGGGCAAUGGCGUCGCAGUUAAUUCCUGACUGUACGUUGUACGUAAAUGCUGUUCUCGAGUAUCGCUACCCUGUUAAUCGCAUAAAAACAGUUGAUAUGUA